AGUUUACUUUUAUAUUACUUGUAGAUUAUAAAAAAAUAUCCUAAAGAGUAAAAUACUAAAGUUUUCAACCCAUCUUAUAACUUAUUUCUAUAAAUAACAUACCUUAACUAAAUGUAUACUCGCAUAAAUCAAACAUAAUGGAAAGUAGACGCCAAUUCCUAUCUCCACUCCUCCUCCUCCUCUUCCAAGCCCUCCUCCGCACCUCAGCGAGAGGCGGCAUCGCCGUCUACUGGGGCCAAAACGGUAACGAAGGCACUCUCGCCGACACCUGCGCCACCGGCAGAUUCGCCUACAUCAACAUCGCCUUCCUCAACAAAUUCGGCGGCGGCCAAACCCCCGAACUCAACCUCGCCGGCCACUGCAACCCCGCCACUAACUCCUGCCGCGUCGUCAGCGACGGCAUCCGUGCCUGUCAGAGCCGUGGCAUCAAGGUCAUGCUCUCCAUCGGCGGCGGCAUCGGAAACUACUCUCUCUCGUCCAGAGACGACGCCCGAGCUUUCUCCGUUUAUCUGUGGAACAAUUUCCUCGGCGGCGGCGGAUCAGCCUCCCGCCCCCUUGGCGACGCCGUUUUGGACGGCGUGGACUUGGAUAUCGAGCUCGGAUCGCCGCUGCACUACGACGAUCUGGUAAAAUAUCUGAAACGAUUGGGGAAACAUGGGAGAAAAGUGUACGUCACCGGCGCUCCGCAGUGCCCCUUCCCCGAUCGGUUGAUGGGGGCGGCACUGAACACGAGCCUCUUCGAUUACGUUUGGGUGCAGUUCUACAAUAAUCCUCCAUGCCAGUACACGUCGGGAAACCCGAAGAAUUUGGAGAAUUCGUGGAUGCGGUGGACGCGAUCGGUUAAAGCGGGGAAGAUAUUUCUAGGGCUGCCGGCGGCACCGCAGGCCGCCGGUAGCGGAUUCAUUCCGGCGGAUGUGCUUACUUCGGAGAUUCUUCCGGUGAUACGGAGGUCGAAGAAGUAUGGCGGAGUGAUGCUGUGGUCCAAGUAUUGGGAUGAUCAGAGUGGUUACAGCUCCGCCAUUGUUAAAAGUGUGUGAACUUGUUUGGUUGCGCCAUUUGCACUUCACAAAUAAUUAGUAUUUGAAUUUGGUCUAAAUUUUUCAUUUUGUUGUGUUGAAUGUGAUCACCUCGCCGGUGUGUAUAUGGACUAGUUUUACCUUCAACUCAGUGUGAGAAUGGUAUUAUUCAAA